AUGGAGCUUUCAAAACAGCAAAUUAGGCCAAUUUUGUUGUAUGAGUGUAAAAGGGGCACGAAUGCGUCUCAAACCCAUCGAAAUUUAUGUGAAGUUUUUGGACAAGAUGUGAUUACCGUUAGGUCAUGCCAAUUUUGGUUUGAGAAAUUUCGAAAUGGUGAUUUUAACCUGGAGGAUGAGCCCAGGUCCGGAAGGCCUUCGGUCAUCGACAAAGCGCGCCUGCGAAGCAGAGUCAAAGAAACCCCGGAUAUUACCACUCGCGAGCUCGAGGCAGAAUUCGGAGUAUCUCACGGAACCAUCAUCAACGGCCUCCACCAACUUGGCUUUGCGUCAAAAUUGAACAAGUGGGUACCGCAUGCAUUGAGCGAGAGGAAUAAGCUUGAUCGCAUCUCCAAGUGCGUUACACUGCUCAACCGACAUCGCAACGAACCUUUUCUUGAUCGAUUAAUUACGUGCGACGAAAAAUGGAUCUUUUAUGAUAAUGUGGUACGAAAACGAAGUUGGUGUGAGUCCGAAAGUUCAGCUCAGAGGACUCCAAAGCGGAAUAUCCACGGGCAGAAGAUCAUGUUAAGUGUGUGGUGGGAUGUGCGCGGAAUUGUCUACUAUGAGCUCCUACCAAGAAAUCAAACUAUCAAUACGGACCUCUACUGUCAGCAAUUGGAAAGAGUUCAGACAAAACUCAAGGAACUCCGACCCCAACUUGUUAAUCGUAAGGGUAUCCUCUUCCACCAGGACAACGCUCGUCCUCAUGUGAGUGCACUCACGUUGAGAAAAAUCGGAGAGCUUAAUUGGGAACUUCUCGAGCACCCACCAUACUCUCCUGACCUCGCGCCAUCCGACUAUCAUCUUUUUAGAUCCCUGCAAAAUUUUCUUAACGGAAAAAAAUCGCUUCGGCAGACAAAGUCCAAAGAGAGUUGA